UGUUGCCAGGUAACGAAAUCAGGUAUAAACUCCUUCACGUCACCUCCAGGCUCUUUAUUUCGCACGCUAACAUCUGUUUCUGGUGUUUUAAAAGGAUCAUGGCAGGAAACAAAAAAAUGGAUUUGGUUCAUCAAAACGCCAUUCACACUGAGACCAUCCUGAAAGAGCAAAGACACCAGAUCCUCCACACGGAGUUCAGCAUCAACCCACACAGGAAACUACACAUCCUGCCAGACAAACCCAUGUCGAGGAAAGCAACAGAAGUGAUUGUAGAAAACUCUGACUUCAUCAAGGCCUUCCACAAGGCCCGUGAGGAGCCCACCAAGAAAUAUACAAUGCCACAGACGGAGAGUCAGGAGAUAGGAUGGAUAUCAACACCACUGAUCCCAUCUGAUCGCAGCGACAGGAGACUCCAUUUCAACCGAUUCAGCUCGGACGUCACCAAGCACAAAGAAUCUGCUCUGCGUUCAUCAAAUUAGACAACGUGACAGAAAGAAUGCAAAUCCUCAGGAAUAUGUG